AAUAGAAUCUUUGGAUUGAUUUUAACGAAUCCUUAUUUUAUUUACCCAAAAUGGGUUGGCUCAUCAGUGGUUGGCUAGAUUACUGAAUGUAUUCUUAUAACUUGUGUACAUUUUCAUUUGCUGCUUCUAGAAGAUUCAAACUUUUUUUUUUUUUUGGAAUUUUGAUUAUACAAAGUCAAAAUUGAAAACCCUAAAAAUGAAAAUUUCCCAAAUCUGAAUGGAAUUCUGUGCCCUAACUUAUCGGACUAUCCACUUACGACGGUUCCCGGAUCCUCCGUUCAUCGAUUUUCUUGGCCGGCAGGUGAGCCUCCGUCUCCGUUAGAGAGAGAGAGAGAGAGAAACUGGGGAAGCGAAAGAAAGUAAAAGGGAGAGUGAGAGAGAUGGAGAGUUCGGGUUCAGGUGCAGUCGAUUGCGGUAUAGGAUCGAUUGUAUGGGUCCGAAGAAGAAACGGUUCGUGGUGGCCGGGUCAAAUACUUGGCUCCGAUGACCUAUCUGCUUCUCAUCUCACCUCACCUCGAUCAGGAACUCCCGUUAAGCUUCUCGGCAGAGAAGAUGCCAGCGUUGAUUGGUACAAUUUGGAGAAAUCGAAGCGAGUGAAGGCAUUCCGAUGUGGUGAAUUUGAUGGAUGUAUUGAAAGGGCGGAGUCGUCCCAGGGUAUGCCGUUAAAGAAAAGAGAGAAAUAUGCACGCAGAGAAGAUGCUAUUCUCCAUGCUCUUGAACUUGAGAGGCAAUUGUUGAAGAAGCAAGAAAAAUUAGGAGUGGGGCAAAUGGGUUCAGCUUUCCGAGGAAAGAGGAGCAGAUGUGUGUAUUUUCCAGCUGAGUCUAGUGAUUCUCUGGAUUUCAAGGAGACUCUAACCAAUGUUCCAAUAUCAACUUCCCAACUUGGAGGGGAGUACCCUUAUUGCAGUUCUUUGGCUGAAGAGAGUGAAUCUGCUUUUAUGGAUGAUGUUGAAUCAGAUUCUUCUGAAACUGGUUGUACUAAUUCCGAUUCAGAUUCUUCUGAAACAGAACUAGAUAAGGAUGAAGAAAUGACUAUACUUUCAGAAACUGGUCACGAUGAUGAAGAACAAGAAAGCACUAGCAGCGAGGAGCCUGAUGAGUUGGCAAUUUCCAGUGACAUGCCUCACCUCUAUCCUCGCGAACCUAUAACUUGCAAUGAAGCUGUAUCCAAAUGGCAAUUAAAAGGAAAAAGGAAUAAUCGGAAUCUUGUAAAAAGGUCUGUUGGUGCUCCUGAUAGGAAAGGUGUUUUAUAUGGAGCAGAUGUUGAAGGGCAAAGAAGCCGUGUGAGCCGCAAGAAAGUGGGGUCUAGUUUGCAUUACUACAGAAAUGAUUUUAGUGAUGUUCUUGAUGACACUGAUCAAAUGUUUGGAUUGGAAGAUGAGUACUCUCUAACUUCUAGAGCAGUAGCAAAAGGUCAAAAUAAAAUUCGUCAUGGUGUUGAUUGGGAUGAAUGGGCUUGGGAGGAUCAGCCUGCUUUUAGAGGAUAUUGGGAUAUUAAAGGGUUUGCUCCAUUAUAUGGAAAUCGUUAUCAUUUUGACAGGAGGAUUGGGUCGAUGCUUGUAGAUGUGGACUUGAAGGUUCAAGCAAGCUAUCGAAAAGCGCCUGUCCCCAUUGUUUCUAUGACGAGUAAGUUAGAUGGGAAGGCAAUAAUAGGGCACCCAAUCCAAAUUGAAGCCCUUAAGGAUAGUUCAUCAGAUAAUCUAUUUUCUGCAAUUGAUGACUUCAGUAAUGAUGGGAUUGGCCUUGAGGGAAGUAGUGUACUUCCACCAGCUUGGAGAACUGCAAGGAGAACAGCAAAUGUCCGUGUUCCUCGUCCCCGUAUAUUGUCUUCAAAUGGUGCUGAAGCUGCUGCCGAUUUUUCCUUAGAUCAAGAAAGAAAUGUUGAAUGGAAGAAAUCAAAUGGUGGAAGCUCCAGUCAUAAGGCAAGCCUUUCGAGGAAGAGUGGCCUUAACAGUCCUGGGCCUUCAAUUGACAAGAAGUCCUUUAAAAAGAUUCCGAAGAAAGUGAGCUUUUCAUCUAGUCAGAAAACUAGAACUCUAUCCUCAUUAUCUAUUGAACAAAAUCUUACUAAAAAGUCAUUUCUUGAUGGAAGUUUUUAUCAAACAGAUAGGCUGAUUAAACCAGAGGUCUCUGGGCUCACCACUGUAGCUUGCAUACCAGUCAAAUUAGUAUUUAGUAGAUUACUUGAGAAGAUUAAUAGGCCACCUUUAAAAGCAUCUAGUAAUGCGGCUUUGUUGAAUACUGGUGUGCAGAGAAAAUCAUAGGUUACAUUUUUAAAUGAGAACAAUAAUCUUACAGUGGUAGCACAACGAUUUGUUGGGUAUGUCUUGUUCCCAAAUAAAUAGAAAUCUUAUUCAAUUUAUUGUUAGUAUUUUAAGGAUGAAUAUGAAGUAUAGACCACCAAUUCAUUCUCUAAGUAGAUAAAUAGAAGGUACAAGAAGUCAUUUUGCUACAUUGUAAGUACACAUUUCUCAGAUCAUGGUUUCCCGAGGCAAUGAAGAAGCUUAACUUGGGCAGAGAGCAAUAUCAUCUGACUCUAAAUGCAACUUGCUAUUUAAUGAUUGAU